GCACCAUUUUCAGAGAUGUUGUUAAUUGGUUUUCGGUAUACAACUUAAUAAACUUUUAAUGAUCGGUUACCGAUAUAACAGCCCAACAAAUCGGUAACCGGCCUCUGGUUAUUACAAUUUAUGGUUUUUAAUUGUUUAUAGAAAAAUCGGUUAAUAUAUUUAAGCUCUGAAAAUGAUAUAAUUAUUUAUGUACUUACAGAUAUUUCCACUGAUGGUGAAAUUAAUUAUGAUGACAGUGGAGAUAAUUGCGCUGAUGGUAAAAUUAAUUAUAAGGACAAUGGAGAAACUAAAACUAUGAAUAUGUUUGACGCGUUUCUACAUUUUUUCAAAGAAAGUAUGGAUAAAAAUUAUAACUUGACUCUUAAUGUGGAUAUAAACGAGCUAAAAAAUCCACAAAAGUAUUCCUAUUAUAAGAAGAUUCUAGUGUGCAUGAAAAACAUCUACAAUGCAUAUUGUAUAAUAUAUAAUAAAAAACAAAUAAGUAAAACUGAAUUUGUUCAAAAAAUGGUUGAUAUGGCUGAGACAAUAAAACAAAACUCAAAUAUCACCAAGGAGAUGGCCGAUUUAACUAUGGGUUUACAGAUAAUCUCAAAUGAUACCGAGAGUACUAAUGACUUUGAAGUUAUAGAUUUUUAUUAUAUAUCUUGUUAUCGGAACAAAACAUGUACCAUACCAGAAAAAGUUUAUUUUAAAGAUAUUAUGCAAUAUUUUAUUUACCUAAUUGUGGAAAAUAAUCAAGAUGAUGUAAACCUUACAACAGGACCGAUUAGUGAUGCUAAACAUGGCGAAGAAGAUUGAAAAGAAGAAAUAAAUAUUAUAACUGUAUACUGCACAAUUUAUAUUUUUAGAUUUAUUAAUAUUUCACUUCCUGUAAGAUAUAAAUAUAUGAUUCAGUCUAUUAAUGUAUGAGCCUACUCAAGAGUUUGCAUAAGAUAUAAAUGUUUACCUAAUAAUUUUAUAUAAUUAUUAUACAUUUUUUAACCAUCAUAAUUAAAUUGUUAUAAAUAUAUAGUAUUAUAUUAUGAUAUGGAAUUUAAUAAUUUAUUUGUGCAUUGGAAUAUAAUAAUUGUAGUGGCAUGAUAAUGGUCACAUCAAAUUUUUAACAUCGCCAAAAAUUGUAAUAUUUUCUUUAAAUAUAUGUUGCUCACGGAUAAUAAAAGUUGUUUAAUUUAAAUCAGUACAACUAUUAUCAAAACUAUAAUUAGGUUUAGUAUAAGUCAUAUAAUAAUAACAAAAAAAGGUGGGCAGUGGAUGUCACUUUGUACAGUAGGUUACAAGUGAGUCACUGUAUAAUGGAUGGUAUUAAUUUUGAAUUCAAUGAUAUAAUAUCAUUGUAUAAGAAAAACGAUUCUGAGAGAAGAAUAAUCGAAUUAUGGGGCCGGACAAUUUGGUUGUACAAGCAGUAGCGUACGCAGGCUUUUAGUUCGGUUAGGGUGUUACCUGAAUAAAUAAUUUAAAUUAUUUUUUUCUAAACAGUUUUUAUAUAACAAACUAGCUGACCCUGUGCACUUUGUUGCCCUUAAAAAUGACGAUCCUUUAAAAAAUUGUGAUUGUUCAAAUCCUUUUAGGUGUAACUCACAGCAGUAAGUGCAAUUCAGCCACCCUGGUAGGCAAUCCGGAUCGCGGACAUUGUGGGACAGCAUAUCAAGUAGAUCUAAUUUAUAAAAAUGUCGUGCUACAUUUGUCAUUGAACUCCUCCGAAACGGCUUGACUGAAACUAAAAUAAUGUUCUAAUUAUUAAUAGGUGAAUAAAUCUCUAAUGAAAUGGAUCAAGUAUAAUAGAGAAAAUCGGAAUAAACAUUUACCAGACUUAAUGGAAUACUUUCGGUUACCAAUUGUUUCCUAUGAAUUUUUUGAGUGUAGGUACUGUUGAUAAAGAACCACUUUUGAAGUUAAAUAACAAUUGUAAUUAUAUAAUAUUUUUAUAUUUGAUUUUCUUAUUUUUUUUAAAUAUAUUAUG